CUAUGAAAUACCAGCAGGUGGAAAUGAUAGGAAAAGUCUUUUCAAGAAGAGGCCUUUCAAACCUCGGUGGUCUUCGAUUUCUCAAUUGUGAUGCAUCAGCAUAUGAGACUGUUCUUGUUGAAAAACGUGAAAAAGUAGCUCUUAUUUCACUGAACAGACCAAAGGCUCUUAAUUCUAUCAACCAGCAAGUCAUUACAGAUCUCAACGCUGCUGUACUUGAUGCCAAUGCUGACAGUGACAUUGGAGCCAUUGUCCUCACUGGUUCCUCAAGGGCAUUUGCUGCUGGAGCUGACAUUAAGAUGAUGGAGUCCCUUUCUUUUGCUGAUACUUACAUGGGAGGAUUAUUCAAUGACUUGGAGAAUGUCACUAAAGCUAAAAAGCCGAUUAUUGCUGCUGUCAACGGUUUUGCCCUUGGAGGUGGUUGCGAGCUUGCAAUGAUGUGUGACUUUAUCUAUGCUGGCGAGAAAGCAAAGUUUGGUCAACCAGAAAUUACUUUGGGUGUAUUGCCUGGAGCUGGGGGUACACAGAGGCUCACUCGAUCUGUUGGGAAAAGCAAGGCUAUGGAAAUGUGUCUGACAGGCAACUUCAUUGAUGCACAAGAGGCUAAGCAGAUAGGACUUGCUGCUCAAAUUUUUCCUGUAGAUGAACUUGUUGACAAGGCUGUGGAAACUGCACAAAAGAUUGCUUCAUUUUCGAAGAUUGCUGUUGCUUUGAAUAAAGAAGCUGUCAAUGCUGCGUAUGAAACUUCACUGCAACUUGGUUUGGACUACGAAAAGCGACUGUUCUAUGCUUCCUUUGCAACUAAAGACCAAAGAGGCAUGAGUGCCUUCAGGCAGAAGCGAAUACCUCAGUUUACAGAUGAAUGAAUUCAUAAGUCAUAUUUAUAAUGUAUUUUUAUAAAUUAUUGACUGCAUUCAGAUAUAACUAUUAGAAGUUAGUUAACAAUUUUCUAGUUUUGGUACAGUGAACUUAGGUAGUAUAGUGAACUUAGGUGAAAAACAAAUCCUUUUUAAAAUAAUUUAUUGGAAAGUUUAAUGCAUGACUGAUUUUUAACAUUUAGUUCUGAAGUAUCGUAGAUCUACUGAUUAUGUAUCUUCAUCACAAUACAGUACCCAUAUAUUUUUUUUACAAUGGAAUAUGCAAUAUUUUAUCAAUGAAUUUCAUGUAGAAAUCAAGAA